CAGCUGAGGUGUGAAGCUGCUGGUGAUAGGGGAAAAGGCAUUAGAAGCGGCUCAGAUCAUAAGAGAUGAGCUGCACCUCCCCAUGUCCAAGGAGGAGAUGGUGGAGGACCCCCAGAGGAAAUCACAGGUGCUGUUCCCCACGGCGGCUCUUAUGCCAGGUGUGGAAAAGUUCCUCCACCACCUGCAGAAGCACAACGUUCCCUUCACUGUGGCCACCAGCCCAAGGACCACAUCCUUCAAGAUGAAGACGAGCCGACACAAAUUUUUCUGUCUGCUCAACCACAUUGUGCUGAGAGACGAUCCCGAGGUUAAGGGCGGGAAGCCUGACCGGGACAUCUCCCUGGCCUGUGCCAAGCGCUUCUCUCCCCCACCACGUGUAGAGCAAUGCCUCAUCUUUGAAGAUAUUCUCAACAGGGUAGAAGCAGCCCUGGCAGCAGGGAUGCAGGUCGGUGGAAACCUGAGCCGCGACUUGACCACCAAGGCCACCGUGGUGCUGAGCUCCCUACAGGACCUGCAGCCCAAGAUGUUUGGUAUGCCUGCUUAUGAGUGAGGGCCACUCCUUGCGGGCCACAC